GAUCGCCACCGCGGGACCCUGAUAGCCGCUGUGCUGCUCUAGCUCCCCACCAGAUUUCCCACCGCUCUUCAACACACAUUUGGAGCCUCAAUCUAUCCUUGGGCUUCACACAUAUUCAAGAUGCUUUUCCGCAAUUUAAUACCCGCGGCCAUUGCGCUGCUCCCCGCAAUUGCCUCUGCAUCCGCCGUCAUCGACCUCACACCCUCCAACUUCGACGAUGUCGUUCUUAAGUCCGGCAAGCCCGCCCUCGUAGAGUUCUUCGCUCCCUGGUGCGGCCACUGCAAGAACCUCGCCCCCGUUUACGAUGAGCUCGCUGGCGUCUUCCAGCACGCUGGAGACAAGGUCAGCGUCGCAAAGGUCGAUGCUGAUGCCCACAAGGCGCUGGGCAAGCGUUUCGGUGUCUCAGGCUUCCCUACCCUCAAGUGGUUCGACGGAAAGAGUGACAAGCCUACGGAUUACAGCGGCGGACGUGACCUCGAGAGCUUGAGCAAGUUCAUCACAGAGAAGAGCUCGGUCAAGCCUAAGGUCAAGGGCAAGCUGCCUAGCCAGGUUGUCUAUUUGGACGACAAGACCUUCAAGGAGAAGGUUGGAAAGGAUCAGGAUGUGCUUGUUGCCUUCACUGCGCCAUGGUGCGGACACUGCAAGACUCUCGCCCCCGUCUGGGAGACCCUCGCCAACGACUUCGUUACCGAGCCCGGUGUCUUGAUCGCCAAGGUCGACGCUGAAGCUGAGAACUCCAAGGCCCUCGCACAGGAGCAAGGUGUGUCAUCCUACCCGACCAUCAAAUACUUCCCCAAGGGCUCCACCGAGCCCCUCCCCUACAACGGCGCCCGCGCCGAGAAGGACUUCAUCGACUUCAUCAACGCAAACGCCGGUACCCACCGUGCUGUAGGUGGUGGUCUCGACGCCACUGGUGGCACCAUUGAGGCCUUUAACACCCUCAUUGAGAAGUUCCAGGGCUCAUGGACUGGUGGUGCUGAGGAGGCCAAGACCCUUGCCGGUACUCUGCAGGACAAGUACGCGGAAUACUACGUCAAGGUCUUCAACAAGAUCGGUGCCAACCAGGAGUACGCUGCGAAGGAGCUCAAGCGUCUGCAGGGACUUAUUGCCAAGGGCAACCUGGCACCCGAGAAGAUGGAUGACUUGAUGAGCAGGAGCAACAUUCUGAGGAAGUUCAUGGGUGAUGCUGAGGAGGAGAAGUCUGAGUUGUAGACGACUCGCACGUGAAAUGAGAUUCCAGGAUAUGGAUAUUCAUACCAACACUCUUGAGAUGAUACGACAAGCUGGGGGGCGCAAAGAGGCCUGACGCAGGAGCGACAGGCAUACGUGACCAUGACAAUGAGAAAGCAGAACAAGUAGUAGAAACCAAAAGUC